CAUUUUGUCAGCUGCUGAACACCCUCAGCUAGGUCUCCUUCAGAGCAUACCCGGGUCCGGCGCCAGUAUUGUUCUCGUCGGCGGUUUUGAGACGGCAAGCUGUUGGAGGGUGGAGAGCGAGCGGAUAUUGCCGGUGAAAAUCGGGAGAGCAUCCCGCCAGGUGUUGCCGCUCGACGUACACCUGCCAGAGCUUGGAGCUGCUGAUUGCGGAAGGCAGCAUUUCCACUCCCACAUAAAAGGCUACAUAAUAAAGUCGCUCUUUCCAACCGCACUUCACAAAUGACGCCAGUAGAAUAUGAAGAACCUUGAGACGAGGCCGGAAAGGCCGCUCCCGUACUCGGAUGGGUUCGCCUCAGCAGACGACUAUGUGGAUCAGCUGUUGCACUUCACAGCCAACUCGGACCUGUUUCGGUUUCUCUGCGGCGGCGUCCACAUUCUCGACUUCUUCACGGCUGAGCCCGGCCUUUUUGUCUCAGCUGUGCCCAAGGAAUGGCAGGACUAUCUCUUACGGACCGAGCCUAUGGCUCUAUUGGAUUUUCUGAUGAGGGAUGACUUGAGCUCCCUUACUUCCCAAACCGGCUCUGGGGCACCUCCUGAGACACUGCUUCAGUAUGUCAAGGACAUCAGAAAGUUCUCGCUUCACCGUUCGUUUCGUCCAAUCAAGCCGAAGCUCCCUGUUCUUCCGAGGCAAGUGGCGCUCGGUAUGAAUACCAAGAAGGUCCAUGAAGUCACAAACUUCGCUGGAUACAUCGAUCGGCUGGCCGAGGAUGUUUCGCAUGCUUCGGGGAAGGAGUUCACUCACUUCGUAGACUUCGGCAGCGGGCAGAACUAUCUCGGGCGGGCGCUUGCGAGUCCGCCCUACAACAAGCACAUUGUUGCCGUGGAGAGCAAAGAGGCCAACAUGGCCGGUGCGAAGGACCUAGACAUCCUGUCAGGCUUGGCCGAGAGGGAAAAACGUGUACGCAACAAGAAGCUCUACCAUCGGAUCCUCGAGGCCGUGGAUCCAUCGUGUCAUAACAAUGAGGAAGCAUUGAAACGUGCGGCAAAGGAACUUGGCAUUGCGGACAAAGACAUUGCCACAAUUGACCUCAGAUCUAGAAAGGAGCUGCAGGCGACGUACACCGUCGAGCAAGGAAAGGGCACCAUCGAAUAUGUUGUUGGCCGCCUGGAGCAUGCCGACCUAACGGGUGUGCUCUCGCAGCUGCGUGGCCAUGAGAACGGGGUGCGGCACGAAGACCUCCGGAUGAUGGCCAUCUCGAUACAUUCGUGCGGGAAUCUCUCACACUACGGCAUCCGCUCCAUGAUCUUGAAUCCCUCUAUUCGCGCUGUCGCCAUUGUCGGCUGCUGCUACAAUCUCCUUACCGAAAGGUUGGGCCCUCCGACGUACAAGCCGCCUUUCAGCCGGCCAAGCCUGCAACCCAUCAACGCACGGGUUGCCAGGGAGUCGGAGAGGCGGGACCCGCAAGGGUUUCCGAUGAGUGAGCGGGUGUCCACGUACGGCGGCGACGGCAUCCGACUGAACAUUACCGCCCGGAUGAUGGCUUGCCAGGCGCCGCAAAACUGGACUGACGAGGAAAGCGACGCCUUCUUUACCCGCCACUUUUACCGCGCCGUCCUGCAGAAGAUCUUUCUGGACAAGGGCGUCAUCUCGAGGGUGUAUCACGGUCAGGAGACUGAUGCAGAGAGCCCCUUCAACUCGAGCACCAAUCCGGUCGUCAUUGGAUCAUUGCGCAAGCAGUGCUAUACGUCCUUCAAGGCGUACGUGCGGGGCGCGAUAGCCAAACUGACCAGCAACUCCGAGCUCAGCCAAUACAGUCAAGUCAUCCAGGAGAAGAUGGGUGACAUCACGGAUGAGGAGAUUGCGCAGUACGAAGCGGCCUUCCGAGACCGGAAGCGGGAGCUCAGCGCUGUAUGGAGCUUGAUGGCUUUCAGCGCCUGCGUUGUCGAAUCCCUCAUCGUUACCGACCGCUGGCUAUUCCUCCGUGAGCAUUCGGAUAUCGUCCGCGACUGCUGGGUUGAGACGGUUUUUGACUACCGUGAGAGCCCCCGAAACCUGGUUGUCGUGGGCAUCAAGAGGUAGGAAAGACAACACAGGGUUCGACACUGUUUGAACUUACAACCGCCCCCUUUGGGUGCAGCUGGAUGGGGGGUUGGCAAAUCUUGCCUGUCUGCUUUGCGGGACAAGCUUGAGUUCUACAGCCCGCGACCG